AUGAUAAAUAGAUUACUUAGGCUCGGUUUUUGUUCCUCAAUUAAAAUAGAACCAGUUAAUUUACAUUAUCAAGAUGGGCUAUUUGACACAACAUAUGGUUUACUAAAAAUGACAAGGAAUCCAUACCUGAAUUAGAAACAAUUAGAGAGCAUUACAAAUGCAUAUUUCUUGGAGGAUGGAGUUGGAUCGAGCUUCAUUAAGAGUCUUUUUAAGAAGGAAAUGAAUUCAUUGAUUAUAUUCGAUUGUGAAAAGAUGCAUUUACGGAAUGCGAUUGAGAUUUAUUAGGCAACCAAAAAGUAGAUAGAUUUGUAAUUUUUUGGUACACCAAAGAGACCUCGUAAUCCAUUCUCAAAAUGCAAAGGCCCAAAGGACAUAUUUAAUCUCUAUAGACAUAUUCAGAAUCAAUAAAAGCUGAUGCUUUCAAGGUUGUGUUUGGUCGUGAGCUACAACGGAGAAGUCAGAAUCCAAGGCACAUUGCCUGAAUGCGGAGAUUUGAAAUAUCAUUUGGAAGAGUAACCAGAAAACGUCAUCUAAAUAGGAUAUCGCAAAUACAACUACCUAUUGCCUUUUAGUGCUUAUUAGGGGAUUGUGACAGCGUACAAUUACGAAAAAGAAGGAGUGGCAAUAGAAUUUCUGAACUAUAAAAAAAUCUAUGCUUUAUAUGGUGUCUUCCCUCCCUCAUAAAGAUAGUAUCAGGUCUUAUUCCAUUCAUAUAUGCAGAAAUUAGUUAAAAUGCAUGACGUGUAAUAUUGAUAUCCAUUAUUCCAUAGCACUCAUUCUUCUCUUUACAAUGUAAUUGAUUUGGACUGUGGAACUGGCGUACUCGGAUUCAUUGCAAAUGAUGUCCUAUUGAGAAGCUUUAAGGAUAAGGAAAUCAAUAUUUAUUCAUUGGACAACAAUGAAAACGCAGUUAAAUCAGCGAAGAUCAAUUCUUAAUGUUUGGAAUAUAGGAAUUAUACAGCAGAACUAGGAGAUAUCACAGACAUUGAGACAUUAUAAUAUCAAUUAACUGUUUUUAAGUAAGUUCUCAUCAUCAUUUCCUAGAUAUCCUGCUAAAUUUAAUUUGAUCAUUGCUAAUCCACCUUGGAUUUAAGCAUCCAAAUUACGUAUAGAUGAUUCAAUUGAAAAUACAGUCACGGAUCCAGAUGGCAUAAUGUUAAAGUCUGUCUUUGAAUUUGCAAACAGGUACUUGUAAAUUGAAUCAUUGGAUUCCACAAAAGGAAGAUUGAUUUUGAUUUACAGUGAUCUUUCUUAAUUAUUGGAAUUGUAAGAGAAAGAAAAGGUUCAAGAACUAUGUAGAGAAUAUAAAAUGGCCAUUACAUAUUACUCUGAAUUACCAUUCCAUGUUAAAGAUCCUUAAAAUGUUGAUCCUCUCUUACAAUACAAAUAAAACAGUAAAGUAUAACUAUUUGAGAUUCGCAAGAUAUGA